AGAGCUGCCUUUGGCUCAGAUCAGUUCGGCGCUCCGGGGUGCGCCGUGACAUCUAGGAGAAGGACCUUCUGCCAUGGGAAAAGUCAGGGCAGUCAGGCGCAAGCUUGCGCAAUUCUUCAACUGGCGCGUCAGUGUGACCUUGACCGAUGGUCGAGUAUUGGUGGGUGUCCUGAUGGCUGUAGACAGGCAUGUGAACAUCGUGCUGUGUAACACAGAGGAGUACCGCAAGUACAAGGUCAAAGGCAAGCCAGAGGGCAAAGAAUUGAAGAGGAUGUUGGGCUUCAUAGUUGUUCGUGGCACCGGAAUCCUAUACAUUCAGCCAGAAGAACUUGGCAAGGAGGACCUGGUCGAGACCGACAAGCCUCGCAAAAAGGCACAAGCACCUGCAGCAGCACCUGCCAAGCCCGCGGCUCCCGCCAAGCCGGCAGCAUCCGUAGGUGCAGCCAUGAACCCAGCAGCAGCUUUGUUGGCAGGGAUGAGGCCUCCCAUGCUGAACCCACUGCUUGCAGCGGGCUUGCGCCCUGGUGGCCUACCAGGUCUUCCUAGCAUGCCAGGCAUGCCGACCAUGCCAAACAUGGGCAUGCCCAACAUGGCAAUGCCUGGGGCGGGACGUGGCAUGGGCAUGCCCGGAAUGCCCACCAUGCCACGACCAAUGUGAGCACAUAGCAGACGGAUGGCCAGUAAGAGUGAAACCACUGAGUUUCGGAGCGAUAGGAGUGAUG